UGAAAUAAUUUUUGACAUUUGUUUUGAGGAAAUAAAUAUUUCAUUUUUAAAAAUCAUGUAAUUUUUUUUAAAGACUGCAAUUUUGAAGCAAGUUAGUUUUUCUUUUCCAUUUUUUUUGACAAAUCGUUUAAAAAUAUAAGCAAAGCUGGGUUUUUCGUUUAUUUUUUUAAAAUUUCACUGUAAUUAAUUUUAUCAAAAAAAUGGAUAACCUGGAAUCGCAAGAAAUGGAAUUAUUAGCCUUACAAAACAUAUACGAAGAAAGGGAUUUUAAAAUAGAUGAAAUGAAUCCUCUCAGUGGUAGAUUUGCGGCCCAGGUUCGACUCCCACAGUCUUUUUUGAUACGCUAUAGGUCUUUUCAAGGCAGUUUGGAUUCCCAAGAUAAUGAAGUGCAUGCUGAAGAGAGUUUUCAUAUAGAACAUUUACCUCCUAUUGAUUUAUGUUUCCGUUUCCCAGAAACUUAUCCAUUGCAAACAUGCCCAGCUUUUCUAUUGUCAUGUAAUUGGUUAACUCUGAAACAGUUGUCAGAUUUGUGUAGACAUCUAGAAUCAGUUUGGGAUUCGAACCGAGAUGCAAUUCUGUUUACCUGGUUUCAGUUCCUUCAAGAUGAGAUAUUAGAUUUUUUAAAAAUAAAUGACAGCCUUGAUAUAACUGAACUGUUGAAAUUCAAAAUACAAGAUAAUUUUCGGACUAGAGUGCCAUCAAAUGAUGAAAGUUGUGAUGAUUCUGGUGGUACUGCUACUAAGGAUUGCAGUUUACAAGAUAUGAAAACUAUAUCUGAAAUACUGAAUCUUAAACCUUCUAUAUCAGGAGGUUGGCAAAUUCAUGAAGGAAAUGUUAACUCUUUACAUUGCCCUGAUGGUGAAUGUGAUUCUCAAGCAGAUGGGUCAGUAGUUCGACAGGUUGUGAGUAAAGAACUCUAUGAAAAAUACGAUACAAUUAUACUUUCUCGCACACUGGAAGACAUGCCUGAUGUUAGAUUUUGUCCUCGUCGAUUAUGUCAAUGUCCUGUGCUUCUUGAUAGUUGUGGUCGAAUGGGAACUUGCGCUGCAUGCAAUUUUGUUUUCUGCGCUCUGUGCAAUAUGGCAUACCAUGGUGUUGCCCCGUGUGCGUUUAAAGAAAAAGUAGAAGAAAAGCUGUCUCUUUAUCAAGAAUACACAAAGGGUAAUUCUGCUGUCAAGAAGGAGAUGGAGAAACGUUAUGGAAAACGCUUUAUAAAGGAAAUGGUUGAAGAUACUUUAUGUGAGAAUUGGAAGAGUUCUCAUAGUAAAACUUGUCCCCAUUGUAAAGCAUCAAUAGAAAAAAUUGGUGGUUGUAAUAAAAUGACAUGCUUUAAAUGUGGAACCUAUUUUUGUUAUCGAUGCGAGGUGAAGCUAAAGCCUUCAGAUCCAUAUGAACACUUUAGAAAUUCGUUUCAUUGUUUAGUAUCUGAUGUGGAACGUCGUGAAUUUGAUUAUGUUUUUGAACCAGAAGAGUUCCUGAAUGUUAAUUUUCUAUAAAUUCAUUGUGCUCGGGAAUUUUAUUACAUAUAUUGCAGAUUAUUUAACUUUGUUAUUUAGUCUGUAAAUUUUAAUAUUCGUGUUAUAAAAUAUAUGUUUGUAAGACCUUCCAAUUCAUAAUUUAUAUAAAUAUAGGGAAAAAACAAGAUUCUAUAAAUUUUUUAUAGAUUAUUGGUUUUUCAUCAAAGAAAUUCUUUGUGUGUGUGUGAGUUUACUAUGUUGGUUAUAUAAAAGGAAAGAUUGCCCAUCAUUUUGUGAUUAUCAUCUGUUUAAUAUUUUAGAUAAGAAUUUGUUUUCAUUCCUUUUCAAUAGUAAUGGCAUUUUUGCAAUAAUAAUUUUUAG